AGAAGAAGAAGAGGAAGAAUUAAUUAUCAAAGAAAAAAUAUUAAUAGAAAAUAAUCAAAAUAAUGAUGAAGUAGAACUUGAAGAAUUAAAUAAAAUAGAACCAGUUGACGAUGAAAAAAUACCUGACAAUAUUAACAUCGACAAUGACCUACAAGAAAUUUAUGAUAAUAACAAUGACGUUAUUGAAAUAUCAACUUCAUUUGUCGAUCCAGACGAUGAAAUAAUAAAUGAUAAAAUAAUUGAGGAAGACGAACAAGAAGAUAACUAUGAAUCAAAAGAAUCAAGCUCCUCAAAAUCAUCAGUUAUUAUGGCUGUUAAUAGUGACGAAAUAGAUAAUAAAAUUAAUGGUGAUACUGUCACAACACCAGAAACAAUAUCACCAGAAUUAACAAAAAAAGAAUUCACCAAUGAUGAACAAUUAAUAAAUAAUAACAACGAAGUAAUUGAUAUUAAAUUAGAUAUAAAUUAUGAAAAUAAUAAUAACGAUGUGUCAAGUAAAAAUUCACAGUCAUCAAAUAGUUCUGAAGAAGCAUUAAAUAUUUGUAAAAUAACAAUUGAAAAAGGUGUAUUAGGACCACCAAAAAGUAAUGGUCUUUUUCAUGCACCAGGUUAUAUUGAGCGAACGUUAAUUGUCGGACCAGAUGAAGAUGGUGAUGAUUCUGUAUUUGAAAGAUCAAUAACAGUUGAAGAAACAGCUCCAGGUGGUGUUGAUAAUAAUAUUGUUGUUGAUGUUGAUGAUGAAGAAGAAGAUUUAAUUGAUAAAAAUUCAUCAAUACUACAAAAGCCAAUAAUACGAUGGUUAUCACAAGAGGAUGAUGAUUCACUUGAAGUCAGUGGAAUGCUGGAACCUCCAGCAACACCAAUUGCCAAAGAUGAACUUGCACUUAGACGACAUAAAUUUUUUUCUGAUCUUAUACAUGCAACUAAUUUAUCAGCAAAUCAUAAAGUUCAUUUUGAUCCACUUGGACCAUUGGUUCAUCCUGGUUGCGAUAGUGAAAGAGAAGAUCAUCUUGAAGAACUUGUAACACGCUUGGAGAACGUAACAAAACGUUUAGAAAGUGUUCCUGAAAAAUUCAUUGUAGAAACUCAAGAAGUUGCUAUUCAAACUCAAACACCAUCACCAAAAAGAACAAAUAAAUUUAUCGAAAAAUCUGAAUCAAUUGAACAAUCAAUUGACAUUGCAAAUAACAUUGAAAUUAAUUUGAAUAAUAUUAAUUCAUCAAGCAACAUGUCGAUUGAAAAUUACGAAGAUAUUAUUGCUGGACCAGUUGCUGAGUAUCUUAAACUUAGUGAAAAAAUUGGUGGUGAUGUUGCUAGUCAUAGCAAGCUUGUUCAACAAGCAUUUCAAAUUCAAUUACAAUAUAUAAAAACUGCAUCAAGCCGAGCAGCACCAUCAAGUCAGUCGGAACAAGUUUCUUUAUUAGGACCUUUGUCAAGUCAAAUACAGGCAAUACAAGAAUAUCGUGAAAAAAAUCGUGGCUCACAAUAUUUUAAUCAUUUAUCAGCAAUAAGUGAAAGUAUACCAGCACUUGGUUGGGUUGCUGUAUCACCAACACCAGCACCAUAUGUCAAAGAAAUGAAUGACGCUGGACAAUUUUAUACAAAUAGAGUAUUAAAAGAUUGGAAAGAAAAAGAUAAGACACAUGUUGAAUGGUGUAAAAAUUGGGUACAAACAUUAUCUGAUUUACAAAAAUAUAUACGUCAAUAUCAUACAACUGGUUUAGUAUGGGCUAAAAGUGGUACUGGUGUAGCACCACCACCACCACCACCAUCAUGUGGUAUGCCACCACCACCACCAUCAAUGCCAAUUGGUGAAAUUGAUAGUCUUAAUAUUAAUGAUGAUCGUUCAGCUUUAUUUGCACAAAUAAAUAAAGGUGAAGAUAUUACAAAAAGUCUUAAAAAAGUUACAUCUGAUAUGCAAACACAUAAAAAUCCAUCAAUAAGAUCUGGACCAGCUCCAUUUAAAGCACCAGUUGUUAAUAGUUCUGGUGCAACAAUGAAAACAACACUUCCAGCUAAUGCACCAAUUGAUAAACCACCAGUUUUUAAUAGAGAUGGAAAAAAAUGGCUUGUUGAGUAUCAAAAAGGCAACAAAAAUCUUGUGAUUGAAGAUGCAGAAAUGAACAAUGUCGUUUAUAUGUAUCGUUGUCAAGACAGUACAAUUGUUAUCAAGGGAAAAAUUAAUUCAGUUGUUAUGGAUUCAUGUCGUAAAUCAUCUGUUGUUUUUGAUUCACUUGUAUCAAGUAUUGAAUUUGUCAACUGUCAAAGUGUUCAGAUGCAAGUUCUUGGAAAAGUGCCAACAAUUUCCAUUGACAAGACUGAUGGAUGCCAAAUGUAUCUGAAUUCUGAUUCUCUUAAUGUUGAAGUUAUCAGCAGCAAGUCAAGUGAAAUGAAUGUCAUGGUACCAAAAGGAAAUGGAGACUAUACGGAGUAUCCUGUUCCAGAGCAAUUUAAAACGACUGUAAAUCCAAAGGGCUUGACAACUAUUUGCGUUGACUCUCUUGGUUAAUUUAAUAUUCUCAAGACUCUUAGAAAUUAACAAAAAAAAAAAAGGUACUAAAAUAUCCCUCUUAAGAUAUUUCUUUAAAAUAUAUCACAAAUUUUGUUUCUUUCUUUUUCCUUUUUUUUUUUUUCACUAAUUUAUACAUGUAAUGAUAAUUAUUUUUUCCUUAAAAAAAUAUUGAUUUUUUUCUCAAAAUUGGGACAAAAGUUUUGUAAUCCUUGUGCCCAAAUUUUUAUACAUUUACACAAUUUAUAAUCUGAAAAUUAAACUUUUGUCCUAAUUAAAUUUACAAAAAAAAAAAUUAAAAAUUAAUCAAUCAAAGCAUUGAAAAUUAAUUUUGUAGUUUGUCGAAAUCAAAACAGUAUUGGCAUGAUAAUAAAUUAUCAGUCAAAAAAAAAAAAAAAAUGAUAAUAAAAAGUUUGGCAAA